GUUCCAGAGGAGUAAGACGCAUGAGAAACUGGAGCAGCUGAUUAUUGAACAUAAACAUCAAGUACUCAUCUUUAACGCAUCUCAAGAGCGCGGAAUACAUUAAUAGAUAUACUAGUGCUGUGAUGUUCAAGAGAGUUUAAUUAGACGAGAAACGCGUCAUUCGAGACUUGUGCGAUUUAAGUUCUUUCAAUGGAAGACUCUACGUAAGCAUCUAGUAAAACAUCAUCCUCAUGGAUCUCUAUAGACCUUCAUUGUUGAUGUGGACAAAAGCAGCAGAGCAUCUAGAUUGCGGAUCAGAGCUUCAGUAGAGGUGGGCAGCAGUCGGAGGAGAACUUGCAGCAGGGAAUGCCGGGAGGAGACAGCUUUCCCGAUGGAGAAGAGGAGAACUCUUCUCCAGGCUCCAGCAAGCGUGCAGGGCAGACGAACCAAACUAACAGCGGGCAGGACCCCGGGACCAGCGGAUCCGGAUCAGGUGAGGAGGAGGAGGCUGAGGAGCAGCGAGGAAGAACCAGCAGAGGGGAAAGCUCAGCGGGGUGUGAGGAGAGCCGAGGAGAGCAGACGCACGAGGAUGUGGACAUGAACAGUGGCCACGACUCCAGCAGCGGAAACGACAGCGUCGGUGGGUCACGACAUCAUCACUCCUCAGCCAAUUGCAGCCCUGGAAGCACCACGGGAUCAGGAAGCACCAAGAGCUCAAAAUCUGCCACUGGUUCGUCAUCGUCCAGCUUUCAUAGCGCUCAUCACACGGAGUGCAGUGAGCAGACGGAGCACGGCCGUGAACAGACGCACCGAGAGAUGAUGCAGACGGUGCAGCAGAUGAAGAAACGGCUGCCGUCUGAGAAGAGAAGCCGCAGUAAAGCCAGUACUGUAGAGGCACUGAACUAUGCACUGAACUGUGUCAAACAAGUACAAGCAAACAGUGAGUACUACAACUUACUAAUGAGCAGUGGACUGGAGGAGAGACGAGAUGCUACCGUGUGCACGCUGGAGGAGCUGGAGGGAAUCACAUCAGAACACACGCUGAAAAACACCGACACGUUUGCGGUGGUCUUCUCUCUGGCCUCUGGGAAGGUGGUUUACACUUCCGAAAAGGCCUCCAGUGUGCUUCACUGCAAGAGGAAGUUUCUGGAAUCUGCCAAGUUCGUGGAGCUGCUGUACCAUCAGGACGUCAAUGUGUUUUACUCGCACACGGCGCAACCGUCGCUGCCGCCCUGGAACGUGGGCACAGACAGCGCGGCGGUUCUGUUUGAAUGUGCCCAGGUCAAGUCCUUCUUCUGUCGAAUCAUAGGAGGGAAGGAUAGAGAUGGAGAAAUGCGUUAUAGUCCUUUCCGGCUCACUCCGCACCUGCUGAAGGUUCAGGGAUUGAGCGUAGAGGAGCCGUGCUGUCUGGCCCUGGCCGAGCGCAUCAUCUCAGGAUAUAAGGCCCCUCGCAUUCCCAUGAACAAGCGCAUAUUCAGCACGACUCAUUCGCCAGGCUGUGUCUUUUUAGAAGUGGAUGACCGAGCGGUGCCUUUGCUCGGCCACCUCCCUCAGGACCUGAUCGGUACCUCAGUUCUGACCUGCCUUCAUCCAGACGACCGCCUGCUCAUGCUGGCCAUGCACCGCAAAAUUCUGAAGUACGCAGGCCAGCCUCCGUUUGAACACUCACCCAUCCGCUUUCGGUGUCAAAACGGCGACUACAUCACCUUGGACUCCAGCUGGUCCAGCUUCAUCAACCCUUGGAGCCGUAAGGUGGCUUUCAUCAUCGGCAGGCACAAAGUUCGCACUGGACCUCUGAAUGAGGACGUUUUUGCUGUGCGGAGUAAAGCCGAGCAGCUGAUCAUGUGUGAGGAUGUUAAAGAGCUGCAAGCCAUGAUCUACAAGCUCUUCCUUCAGGUCACUGCCUUAGAAGAUGCUCCAAUGGGUAGCGAGCCAACAGACUCCGCCCCCACCACCUCCUCAGCCGCUCAGGAGGAGUUACUCGUGGUGGGUCUUACUAAAGAGGUGCUGUCGGCUCACACGCAAAAGGAGGAGCAACAAUUCGUGGAUCGUUUCCAACAUCGUAUCCUGCAGAGUCCCUACAGCUCCUACCUCCAGCAGGACAACAGCAGCAUGGCCCAUUCUCAUCACAGAGCUGAUGUCAUGCGUCCUCCGAACAAACACAAGCGUCCCAAACCAGAAGACACAUCCGACAGCUACGGCUCCCAGCCGGGCAACUACUGGUCACUUCUCGGCCCCACAGGAGCGCCUCAUUCCUCCUGGCCUUCCUCAGAAUCCUCUCAGCCCCUGCCGUCCAACAUCGGCUUUGUGCCGCCCAUGGCAGUGCCCAUGCAAACGGCCCCUUACUUCACCGUGGUCGGUGCGGAUCAGCAGCCCAUGGUGGUCCAGCCUGACCAAGGUGUCCAGAACCUCCAACCCAUGCAUCCCAUGAUGGUCGUCCUGCUUCCUAGCUACCCCAUGUACCCCGGUAACAAUGGCAUGUACCUGCAGGAGAUGCCCAUCCCGGCGCCCGGAGUCGUUCCCCAGCCUCCCUUUAAUAUGGGCGGCUACGUCCCACCUGGUGGACACCUGCCACAUGGGUCUCCGUCGCAGGGCCAUCCUCCAGGUCCCACCGUCACAGGAGUCGGGAUGGCACAGGUCAACUCAAUACCCGCCCCUUGGUUUGGGGAAGACCUUCAUGCAGCACAGCCCACGGCACUCUUCUCCAGCUCUCGCUCCAGCUCGCCCAUCCAGCUGAACUUACUCCAGGAGGAGCUGACCAAGCCCACCGAAGCCCAGAACAGCACCGGUCCAGAGAGUCUGCAUGAACACCACGCCAAAGCGGAGGACGCUCCCAGCGAGUCGGGUAACCAAGACGCCCAUUCUAGCUCCAGUGAAAUGCUUGGCCAGUUGCUACAGGAGGACGCCCGCUCAGGAACAGGCUCAAAUGCCUCGGGCAGUGGCUCCGGAGAGUCGGGAGGCUCUCUGGGCUCUGGGUCAGGACUCGGUUCUAACGGAACAUCCACCAGCCAUACAGGCAGCAGCAACAGCUGCAAGUACUUCGCCAGCAACGAUUCAUCGGACACAUCGCGGAAAGCGCGCAAGUCCGCAGAGCCCCAGGAACGUGAGCGUAUGACCUUCACAAAGCAAGUGGACAAUUCGUUAUGGAGCAUGAUCAAGCAGAUGCCCGAACCCGUCAUGAUGACCUAUCAGAUCGGCCCCAGGGAUCAGGCGCAGGUUCUUCAGGAAGACCGGGAGAAGCUGCUUCUGAUGCAGCCCAUGCAGCCCUGGUUCACCCAGGACCAGAAGAAGGAGCUGGCCGAGGUUCAUCCCUGGAUCCAUCAGCACACGGUCCCACAGGAGAUCAACACACAGUGUUGUGCGAGUUGUACCACCAUGGAACCGGGCGAGGAACUAAAUCUUCAGACUGACUCUCCAAACCCUCCGACUCCUGACAGCUCCUGUCCGCCAGACCCAACACCGACACCUGACCGCAGACCCUGCUGGACCUCCGGCCUUCUGGGACUCAGUGAUUCUUCUGCACUCAGCUGGGAAUCGUGGGAAGAGACGGACCCCGCAUCCGCGUGUCUCAUAUUUCCUCCUGAAGUCACGAAACGAGGAGAGCCCUUUGCACUCGAUCAGACCACGUCAGCGUGAGUUUGGACACUCGCAGAAGACGUCACAUGACCAUGCAUUUCUCUCUGCUGUUCUCCGUUACAGUCCAUGGACCCAAACAACUGUGAAUAUUAGACUAUAAUUUGGUAGUCACCAGUGUGGCUCGUAAUUUUUUAAACUGUUGCCCAAAUGUUUUUUUGUUUUUUUUUUAAGAAAACUUUUUGUUAAUUAAUAAUGUGUCCUCUACUGAAUCUUGCAGGCUCAGGAGGGUUCAUGAUCUCCCAGAAGUACCUGUAAUGAGUUUCCUGAUCACUUGUGUAUAAAUGCGUAUAAAUGUCCCACAAUGCUGCAACAUCCUUUGCAGUUACUAAAGAACAUAAGCACUCACUGCC